AGGGACGAUAGAUUCGACCUUGAAGAGAAGAUUAAACACGUUGCCGGCGGCAACCGCAGCAAGAAAAGCUACUCGAUGAUGUCGUCGAGCGGGCAACAGAAGAGUUCGACGGGUCAGCCGUCGUCUUACAACAACGACAAGAUGUCCUCGUCCCUGAUCAAACCGCCGUACUCGUACAUCGCCCUGAUCACGAUGGCGAUACUGCAGUCGCCCCAGAAGAAGCUGACGCUCAGCGGGAUCUGCGAAUUCAUAAUGUCCAGAUUCCCCUACUACCACGACAAGUUCCCCGCCUGGCAGAACUCUAUCAGACACAAUCUGUCGUUGAACGACUGCUUCAUCAAGAUCCCCAGAGAGCCGGGUAACCCGGGGAAGGGCAACUACUGGACCCUGGACCCGUUGGCCGAGGACAUGUUCGACAACGGCAGCUUCCUGCGACGUAGGAAGAGGUACAAGAGGCCUCCGCCGCAUUACGUCUUGCGGGACAGGGCUAUAAUGGCGACCUUCGCCAUCUGCGGCGAUCGGGGACCCUGCCCGGGAAGCGGCGGCGGACACCCGGGUGCCCUGGCUUAUCCCAGUGCCGCGUACCUGUCUCCGCCGCCGGGUUUACCCCUGUUGGACUUCUCUCCCUCGACGUUGGAGGCCCUGAAGCUUGGAGGCUUCCUGGAACCACCCCCGCCGCUGUACAAACCGGUGCCCAUCACGGCCCCGCCGAUGAGGCAGCUGGACCCGACUCCCACGAGGACCACUACGAUACCCAGCAGCCAUCCUCCCGUGGAGAAGAAGAGGAACUUCAGCAUCGACGCUCUGAUCGGCAAACAGACGGCCAGUGAUCAGAACUGCGGAGGUUUGCUGGAUCUCAGCCCGUCGGAACACAGGGAGAUCAGAAGUCAGGCGUCAGCCUUCUCGCCUUUGGUCUAGGAGACCGGUCUACUCUUGAAAUCUUGCAUUCGAAAGGAUAUUUUUAUCGUUUUAUCGUUGGGGAACACAGGUGGCGGAGGAACCUGAGGUCCAGGUUCUUCGGGACGGAUGGCGACGAUUUGAAGGUUUGUUAUCAGUUGGAGUUAACAUAUCGGACUCAAACCUACCUCUUCAACAUUUACAGACUGGUUGCCACUGCAAACAGUGAUACCAUUUGAAAGUGACGAGAACGGUACUAAGGGACGAUAGAUUCGACCUUGAAGAGAAGAUUAAACACGUUGCGUGUAAAAAGACGUGGAUGGAAGUCGAGUAAUUGUAAAGAGAGAGAGAGAGAGAGAAGUGUAGUGCAAUAGUGUAGUGCUUUGUUUAUCGUAUCGAAAGCACCGAUUUCGCUCUAACGAACGAUCACUUAGCGUACAUACGUCCCUGAAGCUCGAUCCUCGAGGAUCGACGUUUCCGACCCUGCUCUUUAUUUUUGUCCGUUCUGCUGUUAGCCGAAGAAGUAGCUUGUGCGUGUUGGCUCGUUUGUAAACGAUCGAUUAAUAUCGGCACUGUAAAUACACACACAGACACACACGUACACGUACACAGACACACAUACACACUCCCGAACAAAUCUUUGCUCAGCUUUCUAUUGUUCGACAGGGUGAGAGAGUGGGAGAGAAUGGCGGAGCGACAGAGAGAGAAAGGGGAUGUGUCGUUUCACGUGAAAACGCGAUGCUCGAUCGAAAAAGGUCGCGUUUCUCGAUCGGGUACACGGUUUCCGGUGUACAUAGUGCAAUGCUUAUCGAAGAACGACCUAACAUUCGAGUUCCCGACGUACCUCGUCGUUUGUCUGCGUCGAUGCAACACACGGUUUCUUGGAAAUCCUCCUUAUCGUUUUGUUUUCUUUCUAAAUUGCGCUCUUCGCUAUGCAAACGGUGCAGAGGGAUUUGCUUUGUUUCGUAUUGCCUUUCCGUUACGAAACGGUCUUGUAAUUAGAGAUAGGAGCAAAUCUGAACGUUCUAUGCUUCGGGACUCUCACAUGUAGGGUCUCUGGGUUUUAGAACUCUUUCAGAUCACAGAACUCCUGGAGUAUACUCAUAGAAUUAUUUUAUUGUGGGUUCUUAGGAUUUCUAGAUCCUAGUGUCCCAUUCUCAAACUCUAGGGACCCUAGAUUCUAAGGUUCCUAUAGGGAAUUUACACUUAUUUGCAAAAUCACAAAGUCGAUUGCGAAGUCCAAUAUUCGGUUCGGAUUCCUGUUGUGUUUAUAAAAAUAACACUUGUUAUAUUGCCGUAAACGGAGCUGUAAUUGGUAAUAGACUAGACUUUCGUUAUAUUGCCAUAAAUAAGGGUGGAAAAUUAUAUUGCCAGUGGAUCUGCAGGAGUGGAACAUUCUUUGAGUUGACAAUAAAAUUCUCUCAUUAUAUUGCCACAGACAAACUUGAAAGGUUCUAGUAAUUGGUUGUACAUUAUACUCUCAUUAUAUCGCCAUACAUAAACCUGAAAAGUCCUUAUAAUUGGUAAUACAUUAGACUCUCAUUAUAUCGCCACUAUGACGUUAUAAUGAAGGAUUGGCAAUAUAACAAGAGUCUACUAUUUCAGAUCUGUUUAUAUUGCAAUUAAGAAAUGGAAGAUGAGAGAUCUUAAAAUUGAGACGUUUUAAUAAGAAAAAUAUUUCAUAUUUUGA